UGAAGUCACUGAGGAAAUUACAGGACACAUUUUCACCAGGUUUAUUACAUUGUUCAGUCUGGUGAGAUGGAGAAGCAGCAAAGCAGCAGCAGCAGCAGCAGUAGUGGUGUGACUGACUUUCAGCAGCAGUGGGGAAGUUGGACCACCCUUCUGAAGCGUUUUUAUGAUGACCCCAAGGUAGCCCAGCUGAUGAGCACAAGACUCGGGCAGUACCUGAGCAGCCACCCUUUCUUUGCUCUCACAGUGUUGCUGUUCGGCGCCUUGGCUGCACUGCCUGUCGGACUUUUCCUCUCUUUUGCCCUUGUGACCUCUGUUAUGUCGGCAGUAGGUUUUGUUUUAUUUGAAGUGUUUCUGUUGUCUGUAGGAGGGCUGUCUCUGCUGUGUCUGCUACCCGGAAUCGCCCUUUUCGCUGUCAUGGUUUCAGGCACAUUUAUUGUGCUUUAUAUCACCGUCUCCAACAUCCUCAACCGCUAUUUCCCGCAUCUGACAAAGCAAGGUAAAGUCCAGGAGGAGAGUGAACGUGAAACUUCUUAACUGAAGGAAAUGCAGUAGGUUGAUUCUUCAAAUGACCCUUCGAAUGCACUGUAUGUAACGGAUGUUCGAUGCACAAAGACUCCCUAAUUGUUACUGUAUGUCUAAGGCCUAAAUACUACAUGUUUUUUUUUUAAAUGCCUGUCAUCAUCUCUAUAUCUUGACAUUUUAGAUAGAUGAAUUGUUGUGUUGUGGGACACUUGCGCUCCAUUGGGUGACCUAAAAGUCAAUAAAUUUAGCUCUCCAAUCAUAUGGUGAAAGAAUAUGGUGAAAGGCAAAUUAUACUCAAUAAUUCAGGGUGGCUGCAUCUCUGUUUUGUGGUUGUAAAAGUGUUUGUAAAGGUACACCCUUGCCUUUUUAAAGUCAGAUAAUGUUCAAGUUCAGAUAGAUAUUCAUACCAAUUAAAUAAAAAUUGUUCUACUUAAUUCAAUGCAUAUUAUUGAUUAUUCAAUUCAAUUCAAUUUUAUUUAUAGUAUCAAUUCAUAACAAAGAGUAUCUCAAGACACUUUACAGUAGACCACAUCCAAUUUACAGGACCAACAGUUCUAGUAGUUUCCUCCAGCAAGCAACAGCGCGACAGUGGCGAGGAAAAACUUCCUUUUAGGCAGAAACCUCGGUCAGACCCAGGCUCUUGGUAGGCGGUGUCU